AUGAUUCUCCGGAUAUUUCUACUUCUGAUCAUUUCCACUCAAUUGAUUGCGAAAAAAGUGAAUCGAAAACAACAACUCCGAGCUCAUCACUACGCGACGGCAAACUUGAGUCCAUUGAACGAAGAAUUAGGGAGGCCAAGAUUCUAUCCGAUCGUGGAAAUGGAUGAGGGAGCGGAUUCGAUUGACGAUGAAGAUUUAACUGAGUAUAUCGACUCGAUCAUUGACAAAAGCGAGCAAAAGAACGAGUCUUUAAAAUCUACCACAACUACCACAGCGUCGAUUACUGAAAAACUGCAAGGUUCUGCCGAGAAGCCAAGAAAUGGAACAGGGAAGAAAUAUGUCCGAGGUGACGCAUCAUCGGAUACAGAGAUCAUCAAAAAACUUUUGAAUAAAGGAUAUGAUUGGAGAGUUCGACCACCCGGGAUUAAUCUCACACUUCCAGGCAGUCACGGUCCUGUUGUGGUCGCGGUGAACAUGUUGAUUCGGAGCAUCUCCAAAAUCGAUGACGUCAAUAUGGAGUACAGUGUACAGAUGACGUUCCGAGAGAGUUGGGUUGAUGGACGGCUCGCUUAUGGGAUUCUAUGGGAAAAGGACGACAAUCUGCCAGAAUUCAUCAUCCUCACCGCUGGCCAGCAAAUCUGGAUGCCGGACUCGUUUUUCCAGAACGAGAAAAUGGCUCAAAAGCACAAUAUCGAUAAGCCAAACGUGCUCAUUCGAAUACAUAAAGAUGGACGAAUUCUCUAUUCCGUCAGAAUCUCGAUGGUUUUGUCUUGUCCAAUGCAUUUACAGUAUUACCCAAUGGAUGUGCAGACAUGUUUUAUUGAUUUGGCUUCUUAUGCUUACACUACAGAAGAUAUCGAGUAUGUCUGGAAAGAUAAAGAUCCCGUUCAACUAAAGGAAGGACUCAAUUCUUCGUUGCCAUCUUUUCAGUUGAAAAAAGUUGGUGUCGAUUAUUGUACGAGUAAAACAAACACAGGAACCUACUCUUGUUUGAGAACGAUUUUGGAGUUGAAGAGGCAAUUCUCUUACUAUCUCCUUCAACUCUAUGUCCCAUCAACUAUGCUCGUGAUCGUCUCGUGGGUUUCUUUUUGGUUGGAUCGAUCGGCCGUACCGGCUCGCGUCACUCUUGGUGUCACCACUUUGCUCACAAUGACGACUCAAGCAUCCGGCAUUAAUGCAAAACUGCCACCCGUCUCCUAUACAAAAGCUAUUGACGUAUGGAUUGGAGCUUGUUUGACGUUUAUUUUUGGUGCUCUUCUCGAAUUCGCUUGGGUUACCUAUAUUUCGUCAAGGAAUUUUUACAAAGGCGCCAAACACGAUCAUCGAAUGAGUUCUGUUUACGUGAAUAAACAACAAGCAAUGAUCAUUCAAAAUACACAGGCAAUCGAUGUCCGAACACAUCCACAAGUGCCACAAGCUGUCGAGAGUGAGAUUUGGGUGAAACAAGGCGCCGAUCCGGCAGAGCACCUCCUUCUCAGCGGUGCUGAUUGUGAGCGUCGACUCUCGAAACCGAAUCCAUUAGAGAGAUGGAUGAAAGGAUCGAAACUUCGAAAAUGGAUAAGAAAUUAUUUGGAUAUGGAUGAUCCAGCGAAAAGAGCUGAUUUGUUAUCAAGAAUGUUAUUCCCAUUGACUUUUGUCGUUUUCAAUAUCAUCUACUGGACUGUCUACUCAUCAAAUGGACCGUACGAACAAAAA